AUGACUGCGCAGAUGGGUACCGAACCCAGAACUCAUAAGGAAUACGUUCUGGGGGAUGCUGCUUUCCGAAACAAACUUAACAAAGAUCUUGGUGGCCAUCUCCUUUGCAUCGAAAUGGAAGCAGCGGGGCUGGUGAACAACUUCCUGUGUAUCAUUAUCCGAGGAAUCUACGAUUACGCGGACUUAUAUAAGAACAAAGAUUGGCAGGAAUACGCUGCGGCUGUUACCGCAGCAUUUGUAAAAGAAUUUCUGGCAUUCUUGCAACCAACUGAUGUUGAGGGAGAGCGGCUAGUGAAAGAAAUACUUGGGUAG